AAGUUUAGUUAGUUCGAACUGAAUUCGUCUAGCGUGCGGACGUGUGCUCUAGGCACUCCUCCUCAUAUUAUCCCUCAAAAAACAAAUAAAUCAAAUAGUGCAGACCAUUAUACCAAAGACACCUAGUCUUAGUUACUGCGACAGUGCCGAAAAGAGAAGCGCGAGUUUUAAGAAAAGUCGUGUCACUUUUGGAAAAGCAAACAGUUGACGCAAGAUGCCACCGAACGCCCAUGCCGGAGCCCAGUCCAUUACGGACUCUCUGCUCGCCGCGGCCACCGCCGCUGCCGAUUCGGAGCAGCCCCUCAACAAGCUGCAGCAGGACUCCACCGGAGUGCUCUUCGAGUGCGAUGUGGAGACCACAGACGGUGCCCUCGACAAGGACAUUGUCUCCUUGAAAAAGGCCGAAAAGCGCCGCCUGAAACUCGUAUGGCGCAACAUCAUCGCCUUCGGAUACUUGCAUCUGGCGGCCCUCUAUGGAGCCUACUUGAUGAUUGCCUCCGCCAAGUGGCAGACCAUUGCUUUCGCCUACAUCAUGUAUGUGGUGUCCGGUUUGGGCAUCACUGCCGGAGCUCAUCGCCUUUGGGCCCAUCGCUCCUACAAGGCCAAGUGGCCUCUGCGCGUGAUCCUGGCCAUCUUUAACACAAUCGCCUUCCAAGAUGCCGCCUAUCAUUGGGCUCGUGAUCAUCGUGUGCACCACAAGUACUCGGAAACCGAUGCUGAUCCCCACAACGCCACUCGUGGAUUCUUCUUCUCCCACGUCGGCUGGCUACUGUGCAAGAAGCACCCCGAGGUGAAGGCCAAGGGCAAGGGAGUCGAUCUAUCUGAUCUGCGUGCCGACCCUGUCCUGAUGUUCCAAAAGAAAUACUACAUGAUCUUGAUGCCCCUGGCUUGCUUUAUUCUGCCCACAAUCGUCCCCAUGUACUUCUGGGAUGAAUCCUUCGUCAACUCCUGGUUUGUGGCUACCAUGUUCCGCUGGUGUUUCAUUCUGAACGUAACCUGGCUGGUUAACAGUGCUGCCCACAAGUUUGGCGGACGCCCCUACGACAAAUUCAUUAACCCCUCUGAGAACAUUUCGGUGGCUAUCCUUGCCUUCGGCGAGGGCUGGCAUAACUACCACCACGUCUUCCCCUGGGACUACAAGACGGCUGAGUUCGGCAAAUACUCCCUAAACUUCACCACCGCCUUCAUUGACUUCUUCGCCAAGAUUGGCUGGGCCUACGACCUGAAGACCGUGUCAUCGGACAUCAUCCAGAAGCGUGUUAAGCGCACCGGCGACGGCACUCACGCCACAUGGGGCUGGGGCGACAAGGACCAGUCCAAGGAGGAAAUGGAGGAUGCUGUCAUUACACACAAAAAGAGCGAAUAGACAGACCGGGCCUAGGGUUAAUCAAGGGAGGGUUCAGCAAGAAAUCAAUCAAAACCAUUGAAAAGUUAUUUUCCAUUUGCAUAUGUCCGCGGAUUCAAUUUCGUAAAGCAACAGCAGUAGAGAAGCAAACAAAAAAAGACCAUUUAAUUAAUUCUAAGAUAUAAAAGUUAAUAUAAUUCUUUGUUGUAUCUUGAGAACUUUAUACCGUUGGUGCUAAACCAGCUCUGGAAGCUGUUUUUUCGCUCUGGAACCGCUUUGGAAAAACUGAAAAAUGAAAAAUAAUUUUGUAUUUAUACAUAUGCAUAUAAAACGCUUUAAACCUGUAUAUUGAUGUACAAUAGACGGAAAAUUGGAGCUUUUUCA